CUUAUUAAGUUUACAUAUUUUAUUUUUUAUAAAAAAUCUAGUAUAGUAAAAGACCUAGUAUACGUAUUUAUUAAAGUUAUAUUUUUAAACUAUAGUUUACUAAAAGAAAUUAUUUUUAAUAAGAAUAAGCUAUUUAUUUCGAAAUUUUAA